CAACGUCGCAUAUUAAAAACUGAACAGUGACUUGUUGAAGAUGCGAUUUCUUCGCGCGCCAGGAAGCGAAAUAAUGUUGCGAGCGGCACACCACAUUUUCCCCAAAGUGUCUCGCCGAUCGGCCACAACGAUGACUGUGCGGGACGCAUUAAAUUUGGCUCUUGACGAGGAACUAGCUCGAGACGAGAAGGUGUUCAUAAUAGGCGAGGAAGUUGCGGAAUUCGAUGGCGCUUAUAAAGUGACACGUGGCCUCUGGAAGAAAUAUGGUGACAAACGGCUGAUCGACACGCCGAUCACCGAAGCCGGUUUCUGCGGCAUAGCGAUCGGAGCGGCUCUCCUAGGCCUGAGGCCAAUAUGUGAAUUCAUGACGUUUAACUUUGCCAUGCAGGCUAUCGAUCGCAUGAUCAAUGGCGCCGCGAAGAAUCUCUACAUGUCUGCCGGCCGAUACCCCGUUCCCAUUUUAUUCCGAGGACCGAACGGCAACGCUAAGGGCCUGGCCGCCCAGCACUCGCAGUGCUUCGCCGCGUGGUACAUGAGUGCACCUGGCCUAAAAGUCGUGUCGCCCGCCACCUGUGAAGAUUACAGGGGCUGCCUAAAAGCGGCCGUGCGCGACCCCGAUCCCGUGAUCAUGCUGGAGAGCGAGCUGCUCUAUAACUUGGAGUUUCCUGUGUCCGAUCAAGCCAUGGACAAGGACUAUCAGAUACCUAUAGGCAAGGCCAAAGUGGAAAAGUCUGGUAAACAUAUCACUUUAGUAACACAUGGCCAGGCGUACGUAUACACGCUUCAAGCAGCCGAGGCAUUAGCUGGACAAGGGAUUGAAGCGGAAGUGAUCAAUCUACGAUCGCUCAGACCCCUAGAUUGGGAUACCGUGUUCAAGUCGAUCGGCAAAACGCACAGAUUGAUGACCGUAGAGUUGGGAUGGCCUAGAUGCGGCGUGGGAUCUGAGAUUGUUGCGACGGUGAUGGAGAAUCCGGUCUUCUAUCAGCUGGACGCGCCCGCGAUUCGAUGCGCCGGAGCUGACGUGCCGAUGCCGUAUUCAGAAAAAAUCGAGUACGAGUGUACGCCGAAGGAUCACCACAUAGUCGAUUCUGCUAAACGUGUCUGCGGCACGAAAUUCUAACGUCUUUCUUCUAUUGUCGGUUCAUGCAAAUAAAGAAACUUAC